GGCGGAUUGGCUAGGGUGGUCGGGGCGGUGGCUGCGGCACGCGGACGGAGGCUGCGUCGGCGCGGCAGCUGAGGGCAAGAGAGCAGGCCGCCCGGGCCAGCCCGCAGCCCCUCUCAGAUGGAGGUCCUGGACGAGUUCGACAGCGAGUUCCCCCAGAGCGUGACCUUCUGCCAGCUCAUCUCCGAAGAGGACUUCGAGAGGCAGGCGGCCACCUACACGGAGCGCGCCCUGCGCCGCCUCUUCCGUAGCAUCGACCGCAACCCCGCGCUGGCCGAGAGGGUGGUGCGCAAGGGCAAGCUGGCCGAGUACGAGGGGCGCGGGCUCCUCUCCUUCCUCUGGGCGAAGCUCUUCUGUGCAGUCCAGGGCGAGCUGAAUUGUUGUAACAGCAUGGGUGCCCUGGAGAUGCACCAGCGCCUGGAGCAGCUCAAGAGGAGCAUCCACCGCGUGCAUCUCUACUCCCAGGAUGCCAAGAAGAAGAGAAGAAAGCCAAAACCGAAGAAACCAGAACCCAUCCUCUUGCGAGACCGGUCCACCUCUCCAUGCCUGCCACCGACCGUGCUGCCACCUCCACCACUGCCAUCCACUGCUACUACCGUGGCCUCCAUGGUGGCCUCAGCACCCCCUGUCUACCCUAUGCCUAGGGUCUUUGGCCCCUUCCCUCCGCUGCCCAGCAAGUCGAUGGAGAAGGUGGACAUUACAAGGUCCGAAGUGAAAUUAAACUGGGCCGGCCUGUCAUCGAACCCAAAGAGGUGGAAGGAAUUUAAGCUUGGGGCAAAUGAAAACCACAUGGUUGAUCUGACCCCUUUGGUCCUCAACCCCGGAGGCUUUCAUUUCUCGUACCUGGCUGGAAACCGUGCACACCAGCUCCAUUGCUCUGGCUACCCCUGGACCUCGGCCUGUAGUGGCUCUCCCAACACCGAGAAGACACCAUCCCCUCCUGUGAAGGCUUCCAUCUUCGCCCCGCCUGUCUUGCUCAAGUUCCAGCCUGUGCCGAAACCCAAAGAUGACUCUGAGAACGACCCUAGCAGCACUGAGUCUGUGCCCCACAAGAGGAGUCCCUAGCCUCUUUCCUAUAGAUCAUGGCUAGAGCAAUGAAUAAAGUUCCCAUGGAGGUGCC